GCGGAUCAACUCCCUCCCCCUGUUUUCCCACCGCGGCUCCUCCUAUCGAAAGUUAAAAGUGGACGCAGUUGUCGUCGCGGCUCGCGAGCGGCCGCGCGCCCCCGGAGACACGUUUGAACUUGUCUCGCCGCGUGAACUUUGACCGCGGACACCUGCGAACCGACACGCCGUCCGUUAAGUUGUUAGCGGAACGUUUUGGCGGCUGAGCGCGUGUUUCUCCCCGGUCUGCCGGGAUCGAGGCGGGAGGGAACCGCGAGGAGAAACGUCGUGUCUACUUUCCCUCCUCCUCCCCGUGUCGACAUAACCAGCAAAACAUGGCCGUCUGUGCCGACAUGUUGUUACGUAGAUGGCGAAGGGGGGGACAUUUGGGGAGAGGGCUGCUCCGCGCGCCCCUCCGCCCCUCGCGGCGCGGUCAGGCCGGCGGAAAUGACCGUCAAGGCGCCGGUGCCGGCUUCCUUUGGCGGGGCGGGGAGAACUUUCGGAGUCGGCCGGUGUUUGUAGACUUUGACUCCGCUUUGAAGGCGUAACGUUGCCCCUGGUGAUGCCGCCGCUGCCUCCUCCGAGACCGCGGCUCCCGCUGCAGACACGCCGACUCCUCGAUGCAGAGCAGCGCCCCACCGGCGGCCAAUAAGUCCAGCGGCCACACGGAUGUCCUUCCAGCUGCUCACUGACCUGCUCUCUGAUGUAGAGUCCUACUGUUUGUUCCUGCAUAGCUGCAGCUCACAAGUCACUGUAGUCCGUGGGGUCUUUCUUCUCUUUCACUCCACUGAGGGUCACAGUGGAGACGAACUCAAACCUGCAACCAACCUCUGCAUACGUGAGGACUGCAGGUUGGAAGUAGAAAACCAGGAUCCAGGUAGAGGUCACCUGUGUGCCUCUGAUGCAGAACUGUGACGCCGUUUUAAAGGCCUUUUGAUGGCGAAGCCCCGUCAUGAAGUUACAGGAAGUCUGCUGGUGGUGGAGCUGACGCUCGGUGAGCCCAGCUUAAGCCACUAAUCAUUACCAAUUCUUUAGACUUUGUGCUCCUGAGUCCAAUUCCAGAAAGUACCACUCAAUCUCAGUAGUCCUGCUGCUUGGGACUCUGAGCCUCAUUUACCACAUCCCUGGCCACGUACGAGUCUCAACCAAGGCCAGCGGUCCACCAGGACGCAGCCAGGAUCUGCAACCAUCAUGUCUAGUAGGCGAAAAGCCUCCACCCCCUGUAUGGUCCGACCAGAGCAAACCAUGGUGGAGCUGGAUGAUGAGGAGAAGGAGUCCCACCACAUGGAUGUUCAGACAACAACAGAGAAACACACUGAGGAGGGGCUCAUCAGUGCACCACCCAGUACAGAUGGAGAGUCGUCCAUGGAUGUAGACCUAAACGCCAAGGUCUCAGAGACCAACAAAUCUUCAGACAAACCUACAGCAGAACCCCCCAAACCUCCACGCAAGCAGCAGGGCGGCUACGAGUGCAAAUACUGCACCUUCUCCACCCAGAAUCUCAACACCUUCAAAGAACACGUGGACUCCAACCAUCCGAAUGUCAUCCUCAACCCACUGUACCUCUGUGCCGUCUGCAACUUCAACACGAAGAAGUUUGACACCCUGACGGAACACAACGAGAGGCGCCAUCCCGGGGAGAGCAACUUCAAGUUCAAACGCAUCAAGAAGAACAAUCAGACGAUCUUGGAACAGACGAUAGAAGGCUGCAGCAACACCGUCAUUUACAACGCCGCCAACAAACUGGUGAUGGCGCCGCAGAGCAAAGCCAGCACAGUCAAAGCUAACAAUGCGAAGGUCACGUCAUCAGAUGACAAACAGACGGAACCUCGGCUGGGGAACGCCACCCCAGAUCUGGCCAAGAAAGCCAUCACAGCGCUCAACGUGAACGGCACCGUCAUCAUCCCAGAGUCCACUCUGCUCAAAGCGGGCGGCCUUUCUCACAUCAUGCCUUCUUUACAGCAGCCUCUCAACUACACCCAGGUCCCGAAGAUCGCAGUGCCCCUCAACACAACCAAGUACAACCCCUCCCUCGACGAUAACCUGACGCUCAUCUCCUCAUUCAACAAGUUUCCGUACCCCACCCAGGCGGAGCUGUCCUGGCUCACAGCAGCGUCUAAGCACCCGGAGGAGCAGAUCAAAGUUUGGUUCACCACACAGCGGCUCAAGCAGGGCAUCAGCUGGUCUCCUGAGGAGGUGGAAGAGGCCAGAAAGAAAAUGUUCAACGGUACCAUCUCCACCGGGCCUCAGACACUGACCGUGGUCGCCUCCCAGAUCAGCUCCCGCUCAAGCCCCGCCCAGCCUGUGCACAGUACCGCCUCCAAGCCCCUGCAGCAGACUGCAGCUUCUGUCCUUCAGUCCCUCCCCUGUCAGCUUCUGGGCCAAAGCAGCCUUGUGCUGACCCCCGUCGCCAACGGUUCCACCGUCACUUGUGCUCCUCUGGCCCUCACAGUUGCUACCCAGGUGGCACAGUCACUCAAGCGGCCCCUGGCCUGUCCCGUCAUCACCACAGAGAGCAAAAGGCCCUCCAUCAUUCAGACCGUCUCCGCCUCCUCCCGGCCGGCGUCCUCCAAAGUGCUGAGCUUCACCGUGGACCCCAACAAGACAGCGGAGCAGCUGUCGGUGCUGAGGUCCAGCUACACUCAGUGCCCGUUCCCCGAGGAAGAUGAGAUCUACCGGCUGAUCGAGACCACUGGCCUGUCCAGAGGGGAGAUAAAGAAGUGGUUCAGCGAACAGAGGCUCCUCAAUCUCAAAAACAUACCCACUCCACCCGUGCUGGUGAAAGCGGAGGCAGCGCCGCUCGGUAAAGACGUUCCAGUCAAGAAAGCGGUUCCUCAUAAGUUUCCCCUGCUGGAGAGGGUGAAGGGGAAGACGUCUGAGCAGCUGAAGGCGCUGGAGGAGAGCUUCCAAAGGAGCUGCUCUCCGUCAGAGGCAGAGCUGGGCCAGUUGGCUCAGGAGACCAGGCUGUCCAAGACGGAGGUGGACUGCUGGUUUUCGGAGCGCAGGGCGCUGAGGGACAACAUGGAGAAGGUUUUACUCACCAUGGCCUCUAAGAACACGGAGGACAGGUCUGAGCGGCAGGGAGGAGCGCUGCUCAACGGGACCCCCCACCGAGAGCACAACGGGAAGCCCCUGCACUGCUCUCUGUUCCCCCUCUCCUCCUCCUCCCCCCCUGCGCUCGCCGCUUCCUCCCCUCAGCCGCCCACCCUCUCCUCUUCAACGUCGCCCCCUGUGCUCACGUCGUCCCGCUCGUCUCCUCAUCCCCCCCCGGCGGCAGCCUCUUUGAGCCCCACAGUCAUCUCCACAGACUCGCUGGCUCUGCUCAGAGAGACGUUCUGCCGGACCCAGUGGCCAACUCCUGAGGAGUACAGCCAGCUGGAGGCUCAGACCAGCCUGGGACGCACUGACAUCGUCCGCUGGUUCAAGGAGCACCGCUCGGCCCUGAAGAACGGCGAAAUUCUGGACUGGAUGGAAGGUUUCCAGCAGGCGGGGACACAGCCAGCAAAACAAAACGGCCAGAGUUCUGAGAAGCAGCUGAGCGCGCCUGUGGAAGGCGGUGUUGGGAAGGCCUCAUCUGUAGAGGAAGAAGCUGACGGGAAGGAAGCACAAACGGAGAGCUCCAGGCUGUUCCAGCAGGACAAACUUCAGUGGUUAACUGACAGACUCGCUGAGGGAGUGGCCGGCCUGAGCCGGGCCGGGCAAGACCACACCGGCACAAGUCCUGAAAACAAAGACAAGUGGGUGAAGGUCACUGUGGCUGUCGGAGAGGAGACCGCCGGAGGAGUGGAGCAACAGAAACCUGCAACGGUCACAGAAGCUGUGGCCUUGGAGCAACCUGGGCAGGUCACGGGCUGACGGUGCAAAACCUGUUGAUUUCAUCUGUGAGGCGACCAAGUCCAGAAGCUGUGAUGCCAGGAAGCAGUGAAGUGGUGACUCGAGGAGGAGGAGUGCCAAAGUGGAACUGUGUAUUAUUUUUACCUUAGUACUUUUUUUUCUUAAAGAAAGGCCCCUGUACAUAUUUAGUCUGUGGAACUAAAAGAUUUGUACAAUUUUGUUUCUGGAAAAGCGAGUUUUGUUAAGUUUUAUUCUGAAUGUUUGCUCUGAACCUGGAAUGUUUUUUUUCCUUUUCUUUCAAGAUGUUUUAUAGUAAAUUUGCUUCAAAUCUUUUUAUUUUUUGAAAAUCCUUUGACUCGUUGUGAGGAGACUCUGAAGGCACUUGCAUCUUUCUCUGUUAGAGAUCGUUUUGCUCUCUCUAUCAAACGCCAUCAUAAUGAAGGGACUGAAGUGUGGCGGGAGGGGGUAGAAGUGCAUUGUGGGCCACGCCUGACGGCGCUGAGCACAUGCUCUGUAUGCUUUUUUUUUUUUUUUUUUGCUGCUCUAGGAUCAGAAUGUUUUCUGAAGGGAAAAGGGUGAAGGGUCUGUUGGAUCACACCACGCUGCCUUUCCUGUUCAUGCCUGACGCUCCUGCAGGAGGCAGAGCCAUGUACUUUAGCUUCCCCCGCCUCGCCUCUAAUCUUUCUCGGCUGAAUUUCCCACAAGGCUGUUGGAGAAACCAUCGGAAGCAUGUCAAAAACAGGUGUCUGAACUUUGACCUCUCUGGAUUCAGAGUGGACUCUUGAAUGUGCAGACACACAGACUGACGAUCACAGCAGAAAACCAGAAUGUCCACGUCCUCCAGCUGCAUGUCCGUCAGCUCAUUUUUAGAAAAGGAUUGAAAGGGAUGCCUUUGUUUUUAGUUUCCUCUGCCAGGUCCUUUUGGGCGUGGCGUUGAAGCGGACAUUUCCGUUUGGAGCCGGAGUAAAGCUGCGUGCCGCUGCUCUCAUUCUGUUUAAGCAGAUAUCCAGGACGCUGCACAGAAUAUCAGAUGCUUUUUUUUCAGGCUUGCUGCAGGUCAAUAAAAAAACAAUGAACUCCCAGA